AGUUACCUCCAUGUCAGCUGAGGAAAUUAAGGCCUGCGGAGAAGUGACUUGCCAGGCUUCUUUUGGGCUUUGGAGUUAGGCCAGAGGAGAAACUGAAGCCUUUCUGGGGCAAGUUCCUUAAACUUCCAGGGGUUCAAGUGACCUCACUUGUGGGGGGGAUCCUGGGCUCCAGCUCACAGAUCGGUGUCCGGGCGGGAAUACUAGCUGCUGUGUGGCCAGCGGGAGCGCCUGCCGUGCACAGCUGGGCCGCCGGCUCCUGCGAAGGGGACGCCUUCCUGAAGACACAGUUGCCAGGCCCGCUGUACCCUCGGUGCCCUGGCUGCUUAGAGAGCCUCGGCCCCAGGCGCUGGGGGCCGGACCCUGGGACUCUGGACACACGCCCGCCCGGGCCCCCUGUGGCCACACCUCCUCGUUAGCACCGACCCCAGAAGGCUGGGGGUGUGGGGAGGGAAGGCCCCCGCCAUGGCUGCUCCUAGACCCCACCUGGUCCCCUAAGGCCUGUUAGGUGAGAGGGGCUUUUAGGGCUCCCGGGGCCUCUGCCCCUUGCCCUGGCCUCCUCUUCCCCUCGGCAAGGCGCCAGCGAGCUGCAACUCCGUUAUCUGGGUCAUUAGCUUCAGACCCUGAACUGAGGCUGGCCGGGUCCAGGACGAGGGAGGGAGGCCUUGUCCAUCGAGCAGCCGAGGUGCCAGGGCCCUGGGAGGCCGGCUGCAGGCGCCCUCCCUUGCUGCCCUUUCUGCCUGGGGCCCGGGCCCCUCAUGGCUGCCCGGGUCUGGUCACAGCGGGGGGCCUCCUGACCCAGCCUUGCCAGGGGCAGAGGACACUGAGCCUUAGAGAGGGGAUGCCCCCCAGGGCGCCAGUCCAGCCAGCUGCCCCGCCUCGCAGGCCCAGCCUGGCCCCCGCGCUUCCCCGUCCGGUGCCCCCAGCAGCCCCCCUGGCAGGCAGCCCCCGCCAUGGCCGAGCACCUGGAGCUGCUGGCAGAGAUGCCCACGGUGGGCAGGAUGAGCACACAGGAGCGGCUGAAGCACGCCCAGAAGCGACGUGCCCAGCAGGUGAAGAUGUGGGCCCAGGCCGAGAAGGAGGCCCAUGGCAGGAGGGGCCAGCAGACGCAGUCACAGAAGGAGGCGGCCGACGGCCGGCCACAGAAGCGGGUCCUCUUCCCCCCAAGCGUUGCCCUUCUGGAGGCGGCUGCCCGGAAUGACCUGGAGGAAGUCCAUCAGUUCCUCGAGAGUGGGGUCAGCCCUGACCUGGCCAAUGAGGACGGCCUGACCGCCCUGCAUCAGAGCUGCAUCGAUGACUUCCGGGAGAUGGUGCAGCAGCUCCUGGAGGCUGGGGCCAAGGUCAAUGCCCGUGACAGUGAGUGCUGGACACCCUUGCACGCCGCGGCCACCUGUGGCCACCUGCACCUGGUGGAGCUGCUCAUUGCUGGUGGUGCCGACCUCCUGGCAGUCAACACGGACGGGAACAUGCCCUAUGACCUGUGUGAGGACGAGCAGACACUGGACUGCCUGGAGACGGCCAUGGCCAGCCGUGGUGAGUGCAGCCCUGCCUGCCUGCCGGGGCAGCAGGGCGCAGGGCGCGGCGGGUGGUGUGCUGGGGGUGGAGCCCUGAGCCCGCUGCCCCGCAGGCAUCACCCAGGACAGCAUCGAGCGGGCCCGGGCCUUGCCCGAGCUGCAUAUGCUGGAGGACAUCCGGAGCCUGCUGCAGGAGGGGGCAGACCUCAAUGCCCCCCGGGACCACGGCGCCACGCUGGUGAGGACGGGGCCACGCGGGACGCAGGCAGGGGAGGCUGCUGCCGGGACGCAGGCAGGGGAGCCUGCUGCCGGCCGAACCAGGGCCGGGACUCAGGGGCCGGCGGUUUGCCUGCAGCUACACAUCGCCGCGGCCAGCGGGUUCGGCAAGGCGGCUGCCCUGCUGCUGGAACACGGGGCCAGCCUGAGCACCAAGGACCGCGACGGCUGGGAGCCGCUGCACGCAGCGGCCUACUGGGGCCAGGUGAGCACCUGCGGGGCGGUGGGGCCGGGCGGGCUCGGCGGCUCCGCAGGCUUCAGCAGCCCGGGCUCGCCGGCCCACAGGUGCAGCUGGUGGAGCUGCUCGUGGCACACGGGGCUGACCUGAACGGCAAAUCCCUGAUGGAAGAGACACCUCUCGACGUGUGCGGGGACGAGGAGGUGCGGGCCAAGCUGCUGGAGCUGAAACACAAGCACGACGCGCUCCUGCGCGCCCAGGGCCGCCAGCGUUCUCUGCUGCGUCGACGCACCUCUAGUGCCGGCAGCCGGGGGAAGGUGGUGAGGCGGGUGAGCCUGACCCAGCGCACCAGCCUGUACCGCAAGGAGCACGCCCAGGAGGCCAUCGUAUGGCAACAGCCCCCGCCUACCAGCCCGGAGCCGUCAGAGGAGGAUGAGGACCGCCAGACAGACGCGGAGCUCCGGCGGCCGCCCCCCGAAGAGGAGGACCCAGAGGCGGCCAGGCAGCACAACGGCCGAGUGGGGGCGCCCCCCGGGCGGCACCUGUACUCCAAGCGGCUGGACCGAAGUGUCUCCUACCAGCUGAGCUCCCUGGAGAACACCACCCCUGACGCCCUGGUCCAGGCCAAGGCCCCCCACACCCUGGCAGAGCUGAAGCGUCAGCGGGCUGCCGCUAAGCUGCAGCGACCCCCGCCUGAGGGGCUCGAGGCCGCUGAGUCUGAACUGCCUGUGGACACUGAGACCCCCCAGCUGGAGUGUGGCUCCGGGGCUGGUGGAGACCCACCCCUGCUCAGACUCACAGCCCCCUCAGAAGCAGCCCGCGUGGAGAAGAGGCCGUGCUGCCUGCUCAUGUGAGGGGCUGGCGCCUGGGUGGCCAAGGCCCCACUGCCAGGCCCAGGGCCGCUGCUCUGCCGCAACGUGUGUUCCGGGCUAGGCUGCCAGCCCCCUCCUUCCUUGGGGACGGGCCUGUGGCAGAGGCUGUGCCUGGGGAACACCUGGCUGCGGAGACCUACUUUCAUUCUGUGACUCAAUAAAGGGCCGUUCCGCCACCUGCCCUGUCGCGUGUCUCAGCUGGGCCGCCACC